AGACGGACCAAUGAGAUGUGUGUACGCAACACAGCUGUUGUCUAGACACGAACUGUCUGAUGUUUUGUUGAAUCAAGGUUCCUGUGCCUGAGAGUAAUGUUUAUGCGUCCACUUUGUAUCUUCAGGAAAAAAAAAAACGAGCAGAAAUAACUUCAUUUUGACUGACACUGCGUAGCUGCGCAUGCGCAUCCUGAUAGAACUGGGAAGUUUGUGUUUGUUGACGCUGCAGAAGAACACCAGCUGAGACAUGACUUCAACACAAAAGAAAGCUCACUGCUGUGAGUUCUGUGAAAAAGAGUUCAAAACAGCUUUUAAUUUGAAGACUCAUCAGAGAGUUCACACUGGAGAGAGGCCGUUCAGCUGUGAGUUCUGUGAGAAAGCUUAUAAAACCAAAGAAAACCUAACCAUUCAUCAGAGAGUUCACACCGGAGAGAAACCAUAUUCAUGUGAGCAGUGCGGGAAGACAUUCUCUCAGCUGUCUAACCUCAAGACUCACCGGCUCAUUCACACCGGAGUGAAGCAGCAUCACUGUAAUGACUGUGGGAAACGCUUCACCCUGAGGCAAAACCUAGUUGCCCAUCAACGUAUUCACACUGGAGAGAAACCGUACAGCUGUGAGUACUGUGGGAAGAGGUUCAUCCACUUGCGUGCCUACAUAAACCACCGAAAUGUCCACACCCAAGAAACAAACUUCCUCUGUGAGCUUUGUGGAAAGAUGUUAAAGUCCUACAGUGCACUUCAUUACCAUGAACGCAUCCACACUGGGGACAAACGCUAUAAGUGCAAGUAUUGUGAUAAAGCCUUUAUCUCUUCAACAACCCUGUCCAAUCAUGAGCGCAUCCACACUGGAGAAAAGCCGUACUGGUGUGACUGCUGUAAGAAAAAUUUCACAUGGUCUGAUCAGUUGAAGAAGCACAAGUGUGUGACUUGACAUGGUUAUCCACUCUAUAUUUACUGGCAGAGGACCAUGUUAGAUCAGUCUCCCUCCCAUGGUUUUAGAAUGCAUGCACAGAAUUCUUGCAGCUUGAUUUUCUAAUCACAAUAUAAAAUACAGUUUUACAGCUGCUAGUACUUUCAAGUAAUUGUAACAUUUAUUAUUUCCUUAUAUCUCAAUGUGGAGUGGCAGUAAAAGAUGUGAGGGGGCGUGUUUAAAGCAGCUGAUUGACACAGUCAUGGCUUUGGGAGGAGCAGAAGAAUUUGAAAAGCUUCCACUGUUUUACUGUAGGUGUCAUCGUUUCUUCUACAAAAUUCAACCGUGCUGCUUGUUCCAGGGGAAAGGGACUCCACUAACAACAAGACUGAGAAAAAUAUGAACUACCUAAUGUUAUCUGAUGAGGACAGUAAAGUGGCAGAGGCCCCCCAGGUGCUCCAACGCCCUUAAAACAGUUACUCCUAUGUUGUGUUUUGGAGCUCUGGGGCACCACUACCAGUUGUGAACCACAUGAAAGGUAAACGUUGUGGGCCCGUCACUGCAUCAGUGUUAAAGUUGAUGCAGCUGAAACAUAUUAAUCACUGCAGUAUUUGUCCAAUGGAAGGACUUUAUGUAUUUUCUUAGUUAAACCCAGGUAUGGUUUAUACUUUGGCUGCGUAUGUAAAUAUACUGUGAAUAGAUCCUGUGGGAAGAACUGUCAUCAUCUUUUUAACUGAGUCAACACCGACCGGAGCAGACUAUGGCAUCUCCUCCACAGAACAAAUCAGUCCAUGUCUUUUUUGGGGAGAAGUGUGUGAGCCAGGACACAGACAGUAUAUGUACCAGCACUGAUGAAGAUGAGGUGGCAUCUAAAGGGGAGUAUUUAAAGUGGAUACUGGUCUACUGGUAGCACAUACAGAGGAACAACCAUUGUAAAUAUCAUCAAAAACAUGAUGGUAUGACACUACCUCUGUGUACUCAGAAGGUCCAAGGGAGAUGGUUUUCACAGCAGGAGGUAUAGUGACUGAAAAGGUGCUUUACUGUCACCUGUUAUGUUUUUCUGGACUAAAAAGACAAAGCAAACAGACUCUUAUCAUGAGAUUUCAGUUUUCUGCAGCCAUCACAGGCCAGGGUGAGCUGGGUGUUUUGUGGCUGGAGUCUCUAUCAUCAAAACUAAUAUUUAUCACAAAUUGAAAGUUUAUUUAAUAAAUGGAGAGUAAACU